AUGUCAGGGUACUCGCCUACAGAUGUGGCUGGUGGGAGAGGCGAUAGACAAUUACUAGCAGGACAACCUCCGUCCUUCAAGACAAAUGUCAACCGCCAGAAAACUAAGCGCUGGGUAAAUGCAAAGUCUUAUUCGUACGAUGGUGACGAAUGGGGUGAUAGCGAUGAAUAUGCAGAUGAGGAACCUGUUGCCCCUUUAGCUACUGUCCCCGAUGAAGCAGAACCCGCAUCCCCACUCGAUACCCAAGAAAACAAACAAAAUAUCCAAGCAAAUGUCCCUGCGCAACGACGUGCGGACCACAGUGACUCAUCGAAACCUCUGCUGUUCAUUCGCCCCGCUGAUAUAUAUAAACGCAUGGAAGAGGAGAGACAAAAGCAGAAUAAGAAGGAAGAAGAUCAAGGCAGUACUUCUGGUACACCAGUUGACGCAUCAAACGCUGCACAGGUUGCAGUUCCCGCAGACAGUGCUUCAAAAUUACCUGUACCUGCAGAAAGUCCCCAGGUGCAGCAAAACCCUGACAGCGGCAGGCUACCAUUACAUUCGCCAGAGAACCGACCUCAAUUAUCAGAGCAAAGGAAACCAGCUUCCCCAACCCUCCCUGUCGAAAAGCCUGUUGCUGGACCUGCGGAUGAGUCUAUAGGAGGUGCGUCUACUUCACAAGGCCGGGAUAGUCACCAACCGAUUGAGGAGAAGCAAGAACAACAACAGCUAUCUGAAGGCACAGAAUUACACCAUAACCCAUCUCUUGGUUUCCGCUCUGUUGUCCAUCAGGCGUUCGAUGAACCUCCAGAAACCCCAAGUACAACAACCAGUAGCAUCCCCAGGUCAGAUAGUGCCAGUACCUCUAUGAUCAGCCCAAUAAUCCAAUCCCAUCCGUCCUCCAGCUUUGGAGGUGUACUUGGGCCGGGCCAAUCAUCCAGUGAUCAGACUCCAACAAUUGAUGAAGAGCCUGUGGGCUUUAAACCGGGCCAUAGGCGGAGCUUGUCCCCUCCCAAUUCCGGAAGUAGCCCUGCUAAAAAACCUAUUGUCCAAUGCACUGUCCAUCCCGCCAAAUCUCAGUUGGGGGGAGUUUCCAUAGUUGGCACGCCUGAAGCCAAGCCGACCGAUACCCGAGGUGGAGAAUUUCAUGCAUCACCUUCACUAACGGCAUCGGACAUUGAAACCCCCAAACAAGCAGCGACACCAUCGUCAAUUCCAGAAAGUGCGCCCACAGCCCCUACCAAGGGCGCUCGGCCUCCGUCACCAACUAGUCGCCAUGCCCUCCAACAACCUACGCAUCCACCUCCUCCCGCACCCCAGCGGGACGAGAACGCUCGUAUGCCACCGGCGCUUAAUGUAGGUGGAGGAGAAAAGCGAAUUUCACAGGUGCAAUAUUAUCAUCCUGCAUCACAAAAUGUCUCGCCGUCUAGCCCCGAUAAUGUAUCACCAGGCGUCCAUGAUCGGCUAAGAGAUGAAAUUAUGCAGUCGCUAAGCCCGCAUGUUUCAAUUACCCUUCAGGCCCAAGAUAAGGCGGCGGUUGGCUCUAACUCUAUCGUGGCAGCUACAUCAGACAAGCCUCCGCUAGAGACUUUACAUACUACUAUCCUGAAUCCUCAACAACCUCCACAAAGCCCUGAUAUGCAAACGUCUCAUGCCGCGCCAGUUUUCUCCGACCGUGGUCCUGACUACAACUCCGGUCUUGCAGGCCAGAAUGAACCCGCUAUGACGCUAAAGAAACGGUUUUCUUGGGAAGAGUCAUCGAUUGAAGACAAUAACCAGGAACCCCCGGAGCUUCAGCAGCUAACUAUUAAUCCAGCCAUGGCCCCAGAUAUUACACGAGAAUCCGUAGGAGAAAGAACACCAACUGGUCCGGAACGAGUUAGUGGAGACCUCAAUGGACAACAGGCUGAGAGGAGCCCGGAUACGGAUCCAAGCCAAGCGGCUGUUGCCCCAAGCCCAACAGCUAGGGCUGAAGUAAGCCCAAGUCAAAAUCUCACAGAAUAUGAAACCCCAUCCGUCCAACCGCAUGACAAUCUACCUAUCCAGCCAGCGUCUGCUGGAGGUUCUCCUAGCAUCCCUGCUGAGCUUCAGUCUGCAGCCCAACUCCCAGCAAUACAGGAUCAUAGAUUACUCGGCUUCCGCCAAAUCAUGGCCAUAGACAAGCCCAACGAGAAGAUUAAAACGUUCGAGCGUACCAGAAAACAAUUCGCAGAUAUGGACACAGGCCUGUCAUCCUGGAUAAAUGCAACAACCAGCUCAAACCCCGAUCAUGCGGACUUGGCUCAGCGCAACGGCCUCCUCCCACCAGGAACCACCUUUGGGCAUAGACCUAGCGCGUCGCGGAAUAAGUUCCCCAAACUCACAUCUUUAGGUAACCUUUCGCUCCAAACGUCCCAUAACGAGGGAUCUCCAACAACGCCGCCGACGACAGCCGGCGGGCAUACACGACAUGCAUCCGGCGCCAACCAAUUUUCCACGAAGAUCAACACCCAGCAGGUGCAGGCCAAGGGUAAAGAUUUGCUUCAUAGCGCCGGUGUACUGGGCGGGAAGGCCGGAGGAGCGGCCAAGGGGCUCUUUGCAAAGGGGAGGAGCAAGUUCCGGAACAGCACGAGUACUGAUAAGGUAGAUACUUGA